AUGUUACUCAGCUCUAUGACUGCAGUACGGUCCAUAAGCCGUAUGAUGAAGCGCACGCUUUCCCUCCACACUAAACCACUCCAAUUCCCCCCGGCUCAGUGUGCCCCUCCAAUUCCUCAGCACGAACUUGUUGAUGAAGAAGCCUCCCCAGCUUACAACCCCAAAUACUUUUAUCCAGUUGAACCAGGGGAGAUACUUGCCAAUCACUAUCAGUUACUAGUGAAGAUCGGUUGGGGCACACGUUCGACUACGUGGCUGGCAAAAGAUAUCACAAGGUAUACACCUGACUUUGCUCCUUCUGAACAUUUUGUAACACUGAAAAUAACAAACAACCGCAGCCUUGAUGAGGCCUACUGUGAACGUGAUAUUGAGGAGCACAUUUCAAGGCAAAAUCCGUCUUACCGCGGCCAUGCAAUCAUUCGGACCCACCUUGACAGUUUUGAGGUGACAAGUUCUGAAGGGAGCCAUCUAUGCCUUGCAUAUGAACCUAUGCGGGAACCUCUGUGGAUUCUCCAGAAAUGCUUUAUUGAUCAAAGACUCCCUCUCCCCAUUGCAAAGGCAUAUCUCCUUAUUCUCCUUGCUGGUCUUGACUAUCUCCAUUCAGAAUGCAGGGUUGUCCAUACCGAUCUAAAGCUUGAUAAUAUUUUGAUGACCUUUGAAAAUGAAGACAUCCUCCCCAACUUUCUCAAAGAACAGAUCAAUAACCUGCCCAUGCAACACAAAACAAUCCCGACUGGGCAAACAAUCUAUCGCUGUCACAAUGAUUUUGGGCCCCUAGACUGGAGAGAACUAAGAAAAAUGGUGCCUAAAAUCAUUGAUUUAGGGUUGGCGACUUCACUCAAGAACAACAGCCAAGGACAAGCAGGGAAGAGUGAAGUUGGUCUUCACCCAAUACAACCGGACCAGUAUCGUGCUCCAGAGGUCAUACUUGGCUGUGGAUGGAGCUUUAGUGCAGAUAUAUGGAAUUUUGGGGUUCUGGCCUGGAACAAUAUUGAGUGCACGGAGCUUUUUCGUCAGGUGAAUGAUGCUCAAGGGCAUUAUGAUGCUAAAGCGCACAUAGCAGAAAUGAUCGCGUUGCUUGGCCCACCUCCAAAAGAGUUACUCGCAAAAUCUGAUGCCAUGACAGAGUUUAAAUGGCCCAAUUCUAUCAGAAAUGAAAGAGGCAAGCUCUCCAGAAAUGGGCGAGAGUAUUUUGAGGGACCCUUUUUUAAUAAAAGAGGUGAAUUCUUUUAUGAUGAUCUAAUACCCAGCCGAAAACUCGAAAAUUCAAUCCAACUUUUAGAAGAGGAGGAGAGGCUAGUCUUCUUAUCUUUUGUUAAACAGAUGCUUGCCUGGCUUCCAGAAGAUAGACAAACAGCUGGUGAAUUAAUGGGACACCCUUUCUUAACCUGCUGA